AUGCAGGCAUUGACCCGAGCUACAAGUAAAGUGCACGACCCGAUCGCCUUAUUUAUCGCUGGAGCUGGAAACGCAGUCCUAAUUGCAGGGCUGAUGGCGGUGCUAGGGGACACGAUAGAGGAACUCAAUGAGCUAGCUCGAAUCUACGAGGUUCUGGAGUUGUAUCCAGCAAUGGCCCAAGAAAUGAAGGCCGUGGCAGAUCUACGGAAUGAGGCCGGUGAGGAGUUCACACUGGACGAGAGGAAUCGCUUGUCGAUAGCCUACAAGCACAAAACCGGCCAGCUGAGGUCAGCCUGGAGGACCACGAUGGAGAUGAUUCCCAGUGCACGAAACGAAACUACUGCUGAACUCAUUCGAAAAGUCCAGAACCAACUGAAGGAGGAAAUCGUUGCCGACUGUCAUGCGGUUAUCAAGAUGCUUGAAAAACAAAACAUUGGUGCAGAUGAGGCCGGAAUUUUCCUCAUUAAAAUGAGAGGUGACUAUUUUCGAUAUCUGGCAGAGGUCGACCUAGAUAACUCCAAGUUUAGAGAAGAGGCGGGUUCCGCAUACGAGGAGGCUUCAAAGCUGGCCAACGAACUGCUACCCUCUACCCAUUCAGUUCGAUUGGGUCUGGCCCUAAACCACUCCGUCUUCCUUUACGAGAUAGUCGGAGACAAGACGCAAGCUCGCCAACUUGCCAAAAGCGCCCUGGAUGGCGCGUUGCAGAAUUUUACUAAAGCCGACGAAAAACAGCAGGAGGUCACAUUCAUCCUCCAACUACUUCGCGAUAAUCUCACAUUGUGGGCGGCGAACGAAGACGAGGAGGAAAAUGACCAGGUAACCGUUUGCCACAUUGACUCCAGAAAUUUAAACAAAACCUGA